AUGAUCAGUCAUGUAAACACGUUAACAUCGUCUCUCCUCUCCAUGUUAUGUCAGAUUAGUAGGGUCAGACACCCGUUUACUAAACCUGUCUUGUCAACUAUUUUGAAUUCUCUUUUUUAUAGCAAACUUUUUUACUGUUCCACUGUCUGGGCAGGCACCUUAAAGCAAAAUUUACACAAGUUACAAUUAGUGCAAAACUUCGCAGCCCGCGUAUUAAGAGAUACCAAAAAGUUUGAUCACAUCUCGCCUGUUCUUCCGAAAUUAGGGUGGCCCUCCAUCAAAGAUCAGCUAUUAGUCCGUGAUACUACCCAAGUAUACAAAAUUGUUAAUGGCCUCGCCCCGUUGUACCUGAGUAGUAAACUCAGUAAGCGAUCAGAUACACACCACUACAACACGAGGAAAAGGGACAAUCUAAAUCUCCCUCUAUGCAGAACAGUUACCGCGCAACGGUCAUUUUACUAUCGCGCUGUA